UUCUCAGAAACCGCGUCUUUUAGAGCACUUUCGCAUCCUUCUCCUCCCAAAAUCUCCCUACUCUUUUUCAAAAAUGCCACAAAUACCCCUAAUCUCUCUAAAAAGGCUGCAGAAAUAGCCCUGAAAGAGGAGAGGAGAAGGAGAAGGAAGAAUCCAGAAUCCAAUGGCUGAGAAUGGCGAAGAUAAGCUGAUCGCAGUUGCCCGCCACAUCGCCAAGACGCUGGGCCGCACCGAGACGAUGACGGACGACAUCCUUCAGAUCUUCUCCGCCUUCGAUGGACGGUUCUCACGCGACAAGCUCUCCGACAAGCUUUCCGACGACGACUCCCUCUCUCUUGACCAAACCCUAAAGUCCCUCGAUCGUCGGAUCAAGAGUUUCGUCUCAUCCGACCGUCCGAUCUGGUCCGACGCGGCGGACUCCACCGCGUUCCUCGAGACCGUUGACGAGCUGCUGGCUACGAUCCGCGAGUGGGAUCCAAUGGCUGCCGAGAAGCCGAUCGCCGCGUGCUUGGACCGCGCGGAUGAGCUUCUGCAGCAGGCCAUGUUCCGGCUCGAGGACGAGUUCCGGGCCGUGAUCGAGCAGAGCGGGGAGUCGACUUUCGAUCCUGACCGUCGGAAGAACAGCUACUCCUUUGAUUCGGGAGAAGAUGAUGAUGAUGAUGUCGAUGGCGUUAACAACAACGGCGGAGAUGAUAGCCUCAUCCCGGUGGCCCACCCGGUGGCCGAUUACGAUAUCGUGAUUGACGCGAUGCCGGCCGUUGCGAUCAGUGAUCUGCACGAGAUUGCGAAGCGGAUGGUAGCUGCUGGAUUUGGGAAGGAAUGCUCUCAUGUCUACAGCAGCUACAGGAGAGAAUUCUUGGAAGAAAGCCUUUCGAGAUUAGGGUUGCAGAAGCGUAGCAUCGAGGAAGUGCAAAAGAUGGCGUGGGCCGAUCUCGAGGACGAGAUCGAACGGUGGAUCCGUGCCGCCAACGUAUCGCUCCGGAUCCUCUUCCCGAGCGAGCGCCGCCUCUGCGACCGCGUCUUCGCCGGACUCCCUUCCUCUGUUUCUGACCUGUCGUUCAUGGAAGUCUCCCGCGGGGCUGCCAUACAGCUGCUGAAUUUCACAGACGCCGUUGCGAUCGGGACCCGCGCGCCCGAGCGCCUCUUCCGGGUGCUCGACCUCUUCGAGGCGCUACGCGACCUGAUGCCGGAAUUCGACACCAUCUUCUCAGACCCUUACUGCGGCCCCCUCCGGUCGGAGGCAGCGACGAUCCUGAAACGACUCGGAGAGGCAAUCCGUGGGAUUUUCAUGGAAUUGGAGAAUCUGAUCCGUCGGGACCCCGCCAAGGCCUCCGUUCCCGGCGGCGGCAUCCACCCGAUCACAAGGUAUGUGAUGAAUUACCUCCGAGCUGCUUGUGGGUCCCGACAGACACUGGAACAGGUGCUAGAAGAGAAUUCCAGCCCCAAUUCCAAUCCCAAUCCUACCAAUGUCGCCGCUGCGGAAGACAUUCGAUCCUCGCCGUCGACGUCGACAUCCCUAUCAAUCCAGAUGGCCUGGAUCAUGGAGCUGCUUGAGAGCAAUCUGGAGGCGAAAUCGAAGAUGUACAGGGACCCGGCUCUGAUUGCCGUCUUCCUCAUGAAUAACAACAGGUACAUUGUACAGAAGGUGCGCGAUAGCGAGCUCGGCGCACUGCUCGGAGAUGACUGGAUCCGGAAGCACACCACCAAGGUCCGGCAGCUCCACGUCAGCUACCAGCGGGCCGCCUGGAGCAAGGUUCUUGCCGUGCUGAAGCUCGAUGGAGGAUCCAACGGCCCGCCGCUGGGCCUGAAAUCAUACAAGGAGAAAUUCAAGAUGUUCAAUCUCUACUUUGAGGAGAAUUGCCGGGCCCAGUCGGAAUGGAUCGUGGCCGAUGAACGGCUGCGGACAGAGCUGCGGAUAUCGGUGGCAGGCAACCUAGUUCCGGCGUACCGGAACUUCAUUGGAAGGUUCCAGAGCGUUCCAGAAGUAGGGAAGCAUUCGGAGAAGCAUAUCGGGUAUACGGUGGAGGAUGUUGAGAGCAUGAUCAAUGAGUUGUUUCGGGGCGGGUCCGGGUCUGGGGGUGGAAGGAAGUGAUACAGGGUAGGGGUAGUUUCGUCUUUUUUCCAGACCUUUUUAAGGGGGGAAGAUGCUGGGGCGAGCCUGAGAUCCUGGCCGUUCAUCAGGUGGGACCCAGUUUGAACAUGCCCUGGUCGAAGAUUCAAGCCGGUCCACUCAUAAAGUGGGAUAUAAU